AUGUGGAAGAGCCUCCUCUCUAGCAGCCAAAAGGUCAUUCGACCAAGUUGCACCUCCCACCCUACUGUGAACCUAACUACACCAAUUGCAACUCGUCGUACUCUCGUUGUCUCGCCUCGUUUCUACAAGGACAAGGCCCCUAACGAUUUUGACCGCGAAUCCCUCAACCCUCAACGAACAGAGGUCACUAAGUCUGGCACCGAUUCCGAAAUCGCUCAGCAUGAUACCGCAUGGGAUCCAUCAACGACGUCUCCCGAGCGCGAGCUCGAGGCAACCGAGGAAGAAUCACAUUCCAAGGGGAAGAAGGGAACUCUAAACAUGAGCCCUGCCAACCAGGACGUCAAUAAAUGGAGAGGGCCUGAGGAGGGAGGCCCAGCGCGGAAUGCAGAUAAAGAAUCGACGAGCAAGAGAGGACAGCCAAAUAAGCGCCGGACGGUUCAUGUGAAGGAGGAUGGGACUCAUGUUUCAUAUCGGUAG